ACACUCACAUGCACACAGACGCUCAUUCAAGAAGAGGAUGGACCUGAGGAGUCUUUUUAACUCAUCAGAGCUGUAAGUAUUGAGAGGAUGAGAAGGAAAAACUGGUGAGAAGAGGAAAAGAAAGACAGACAGAGCAGCCAUGACGUGGAGAAGUCCUCUGGCUCUGGUGAGGGAUGCUCUGAGAGGUCAGAGGGCGCGGGACAAGGACCUUCGCAACUUGGUGUCAAAUCUGCCUUAUGAGGGCCUGGAGAACUGGAAGCAACCGAACCGCUACUUCCCUAACAACGCCAUCAAGACCACCAAAUACACCCUCCUCCUCUUCAUCCCCAUGAACCUCUUUGAGCAGUUUCACCGUUUGGCCAAUAUCUACUUUGUAGGCCUGGCUAUUCUGAAUUUUGUCCCUGUGGUGAACGCCUUUCAGCCCGAGGUAGCUUUGAUCCCCAUUUGUGUCAUCUUGUCUCUGACGGCCCUGAAGGACGCCUGGGAGGACUUCAGGAGGUACCAGUCAGACAAGAAGCUUAACAACACACCAUGCUUCAUCUACAGCAGGAAAGAGAAACAGUUUAUGGAGAGGCGAUGGAAGGAUGUGCGAGUGGGAGAUUUUGUGAGAGUGGUUUGCAAUGAGAUCGUCCCUGCAGACCUCCUGCUGCUGCACACAUCUGACCCCAAGGGUGUGUGUCACAUAGAGACGUCCAACCUGGAUGGAGAGACCAACCUGAAGCAGAGGAGGGCGAUGUCUGGCCUCUGUGUGUUGGAUCCUGAAUUUGAACCUGAAAGCUUCAACAGCAUUGUGGUGUGUGAAAAGCCCAACAACAAUCUGAAUCAUUUCAAGUGUUAUGUAGAGAAACCUGAUAAGGAGAAGGUGGGCGCCGGAAUAGAGAGUCUGCUGCUGCGAGGCUGCACAGUGAGAAACACGGACUACGCUGUUGGCUUUGUGGUGUAUGCAGGCCAUGAAACCAAGUCCAUGCUCAACAACAACGGGCCAAGAUACAAGCGUAGCAAACUAGAGCGGAAACUGAACAUAGACGUCAUCUUCUGCGUCAUUCUCCUCCUCACCAUGUGUCUCGUCGGAGCAGUAGGUCACUACGUAUUGCUGCAGGCGCUACCUGGUGUGCCCCCUUACCUGGUCCCUGACAGCAACGGUCACCUGGACAGUCCCAGUCUGUUGGGCUUCUACAUGUUCUUCACCAUGAUCAUCCUGCUGCAGAUCUUGAUUCCUAUCUCCCUCUACGUGUCCAUUGAGUUAGUGAAGAUUGGUCAAAUCUUCUUCAUCACUAAUGACAUCGACCUGUACGAUGAGGAGACAGACAGCCGCAUUCAGUGUAAGGCCCUGAACAUCACGGAGGACCUGGGACAGAUUGAAUACAUCUUCUCAGACAAGACUGGCACCCUCACUGAGAACAAGAUGGUGUUUCGCAGAUGCUCCAUCAUGGGCACUGAGUACCCACACAAAGAGAAUGCCAUCCGCCUAGCUGUCCUUGAUGAACCAGAGUCCGACGAGGAGGUUAUCUUCAACCAGCAGCCACGACCCCGACAGACUGGAUGGUCCCUGGAUACUGAAGACACCGAGCCAAAAGACAAGUGCCAUCACCAUGACAACCGACGCAAGAGCAAGGUCAUGGGAAAUGCCCAGAGCAAUGUGGCCUUCAGCAGUCCGCUGGAAACUGAGGUGAUUCCAGACAGGAAGCUGCUUCAACAGAUUAGCAGGGCAGAGAGCAGCAGCAGCAGCAGCAGCAGCAGCAGCAGCAGCAGCCGGAAGACAGAUCCUUACCUGGACUUUUUUCUGGGUCUCGCCAUUUGCAACACGGUGGUGGUUUCCAUGGCAACAGCUCAGAGACAGAGGGUGAGUGGGUUUUCCUGCUCCAGUCAGACAAACAACCCAUUGGGUACUUUUUCCGACCUGGUGAAAAAUGUUUUCACCUCCUGGCAGCAUGAGCCCAAGAGAAAUCGCACCUUCUCAGAGGACUCAGUUGUAGAGGAAGACCAUUUUAACCCCCCAGCUAAAAAAGAGGAGUCUGGAGACACCAAUGGGCUCCAAACAUGUUCACUCCACGCUCCAUCCCAGUGCGACAAGCCUGGAACGACCUUAGAUGAUCUGAGCUAUGAGGCAGAGAGUCCAGAUGAGGCAGCCCUGGUGUACGCAGCCAAGGCAUAUGGCUUCAUCCUGCUGGCCCGCACCCCUGACAGCGUGACGGUGAGGCUCCCGUCCGGGGAGGACCUGGUUUUUGAGGUGCUGGACACCUUGACCUUUGACUCCAACAGGAAGAGAAUGUCUAUUUUAGUGCGACACCCAAUCACCAAAGAGAAUGUGUUGUACACUAAAGGUGCAGACUACGCCAUCAUGGAGUUACUUGGUACACCGUACGCAGAGCAUCUCAGUAAGAAGCAGAGGAAUAUAGCAGCAGAUACUCAGCAUCACCUCGACUGCUAUGCUAAAGAGGGGCUGCGUACACUUUGCUUUACAAAGAAGAUUGUGAGUGACAAGGCGUAUGAAAGCUGGUCAGUGAACAGACGGAGAGCUCUGGCUGCUAUAGACAACAGAGAGGAGCUUGUUAUGGACUCUGCUGUGCAGCUAGAGACAGACCUCUCCCUGCUAGGGGCGACGGGCAUUGAGGACCAUCUGCAGGAGAGUGUCCCAGACACCAUCGUGGCACUGCGGGAGGCAGGGAUCCAGGUGUGGGUGCUGACUGGUGACAAGCCGGAGACAGCUGUCAACAUUGGCUAUGCCUGCAGGCUACUGGAAGAGGAAGACCUGGUGAUUAACAUGAGCUGCAAAAACAAGCUUGCGUGCACCUCCAUCUUGGACUGCACACUAGAGGAGGUGAGGAGGUACAGUGAAGACCCUCGCAAUGUGGAUACGACCCCAGACAUCUCUCUGGUGAUCGACGGACGAACCCUGACCAUGGCUCUGUCGUCAGACCUGCAGGACAAGUUUGUGGAUCUGGCGAAGCGCUGCCGCUCUGUGCUCUGCUGUAGAGUCACUCCCUUGCAGAAGAGUCGAGUGGUGAAGGUCGUCAGGGAGAAACUCAAGGUCAUGACACUUGCUGUUGGUGAUGGAGCAAAUGAUGUGAACAUGAUCCAAGCAGCUGAUAUCGGCAUCGGGAUAUCCGGUCAGGAAGGCAUGCAGGCGGUCAUGGCCAGUGAUUUUGCUAUAUCUCGCUUCAAACACCUGAAAAAACUUCUCCUGGUUCACGGACACUGGUGCUACACCCGGCUGGCACACAUGAUCAUUUACUUCUUCUAUAAGAAUGUGGCCUACGUGAACCUGUUGUUCUGGUAUCAGUUCUUCUGUGGCUUCUCUGGCACGGCCAUGAUCGACUACUGGCUGAUGAUUUUCUUCAACCUCUUCUUCACCUCUGCACCGCCCAUCAUGUUUGGGAUAAUGGACAGAGACCUCUCUGCAGAGAUGCUGCUGGGUGUUCCUGAACUGUACAGGACGGGACAGGGUGCAGGGACGUACACGUUUGCAACCUUCUGGGUUUCCAUCCUUGAUGCCUUCUAUCAGAGCCUGGUGUGCUUCUUUAUCCCAUACCUGGCUUACCAGGAUUCAGACAUUGAUAUUUUUACCUUUGGGACUCCUUUGAACACAAUUUCUUUAUUUACCAUCCUGCUGCAUCUGUCAAUAGAGAUCAAAGCCUGGACGGUGGUUCACUGGCUAAUCAUGCUUGGCAGUGUGGCAUUGUACUUCGUUGUGACGCUUGCCUACAGCGCCAUCUGCGUCACCUGCAACCCUCCAUCCAACCCGUAUUGGAUCCUCCAGAGCCAGAUGGCUGACCCCAUGUUCUACCUUGUCUGCAUCAUCACCACAGUGGUGGCUCUCCUGCCCAGGUACAUGUUUCACGUGCUGAGGAACUCUAUCGCCCCCUCCCCGCUUGUGCAAGCCAGGCAUCUGGACCGGCUGGAGCCCUCCACGAGGGAGCAGUGGAUGAAGGAGUGGAGGAGCUUAAGGGGCAUGGGGCAGGUCAAACGCUCCAGGCUGUCCACCCCACCCUCUCCUACCCUGGAGACCUCUGCGGACAUUUAUCCCCAGUCUCCCACCGCCUCUGAUAUCAUGGUGGAUGAAUUCACACUGAAUGUCAUCAGUGAAAACUAUCAGAGGCCUGUGCGCACAUGAGAAACAGUCACUUGCUGGCAACUUGUAGGAAUAAGACAAUUAUUUAUUCAGAAAUUUGUAAAUACUCUGCACUGGCUCAUAAGCGGACAUAUCCCAGUAUAAUUUUUGGGGGUGCUGUUCUUACAUAAAUGCAAUCAGGGAGACAUAACUCCUCCUCUUUGACUUGUGACAAAUCAUCGAUUGGGGUGAUGAGAUACGAAAAGUAUGUAGGCCCUCUCCUCCUUACUCUCCUCAUAACAAGCUGCCAUAGUGAACACAUAAGCCUGUUACUUUCCUGAUGGGUUUUCAGAGCACAGUGGUAACCCAAUUAGUCAUGCCACCCACCCCUCCAAAACGUGGCACUUUUCCAGAACAAAAUGCUUAGCUGGUUUAAUAUAUUCCUCUCACCUAGAUACCCUAAACAGUCACAAUGCAUCCUGUCACUGAGGCAAACACAUGUGUGUGGUUUACAGAUUUCUCAUUUAAUUUGCCUGUGAAGAAAAAUCAAUGUUUUUAUACUGUAGGCUGGGCCUGUGACAAGUUUUGUGUAUUUUUAUAUAUAUAUAUAUAUAUAUAUAUAUAUAUAUA